CAAAAGUGUGGCUGACUAUUUUCUCUUAAUCUAGUAUCAACAAAUGAGCUUAGUUUUUCACAGUAUAUUACCUGAGUCGGCCUAUAAUGUAUGAUCGGUUGUGCUCAGUAAUCUUACGUUCAAGAACUAGCAAGGUGUAUUAAGAGAGAAUCAAAUUAUGCCUGGCUCUCACAACUACAAUUAUCUUGAUUAAUGGUAUUACUGUUAAAUGUUCAGUCAGCCAUAGGAGAAAACACGUAAAUGAAGUCUUUCAUGUCAUUUCAUAUUUCAUUUCAAUACCAAACUCGAUAUAAGCAAGAUAAAAUAAAAUUGCUUAAGGAUUUAAUAUGUAUCUGUUAAUACUACUAAUGAGGUAUCAGAACAUUACCUUAUCGAUUAAUUGUUAUAUUGUCCACGCCUGUCUAAUUAAGAUUGUGUCGAUAUUGGUUGGGAGGUUUUGGACUUUGAUCAGAGGGGUGAUCUAGGGGUCAGGCUUAUAUUUUUGACGAUGGGGCACGGGUGGGGAAGUUUGGGAAGUUUGAGAAAACAAAACAAAAAAAAAAAACAAACUGAAGUUUUGCAUUUUCGUAAAAAAAAGUUUCAGGCAGCCAUAGGAGAUAAGAAAUAACCUUUCAUUAGUAUUUAUUGUUGUAUUCUAUUUUUCUUUCAGAAGUCUCACGCAACAAAUUAUAUCUGAAAUGUCAUUUGGAAAUACACGUCACUUGAUUUUCAUCUUAGUUUUGCUUGGAACUGUUUUUGCCUACAUCAUCAUCUCAAACGUUUUUCAAUUCACACAACCUGCGCCAUACCUCAAUGAGACUGGACGCCACAGUGCAAUAGAAAAGAGAAUUUCUGUAUAUGUUUUAAUCCUCGCUCAACCAAGAACAGGUUCUUCAUUUCUGGGACAGUUAUUUAAUCAGCACCCUGGUGUAUUUUAUCUGUACGAGCCACUCUAUCCAUUUUCUAUGUUUCAAACGUUGAAUUAUGUCACGGAGAAAGGUCACGCAACCCUUGUGGCUUCGUUUCUUCGUAGUUUGUCACGCUGUAGUUUGAAUGGCUACCAAGACUACUUUAGCUUCAUCUCUCAUUCUGGGCUUUCAAACCCACAUUUUCGUUUAUCGAGCAAAUCGUUGUCGUCCCCACCCCUCUGCAAAUCUGAAGCUACGACGUUUGACAAUCAAUCCGAGAUUCUCAAGAAAUGCCCUCCCUUAAAUGCUAAAACUGUUUCGCUUGUCUGCGCGUCGAAGAGGUUUAUUGCGACGAAAAUUUUGACACCUCGGUUGCCCGAAGAGAUUUUGAAAGAACUUUCUGAGCAAUUUCAUUCCCAGGCUAAAACUCAGAUUAAAAGUAUCCAAUUAGUGCGCGAUCCACGAGCAAUGGUUUGGUCAAUGAUUAAAAUGGGUUUGAUAGAAAGAGGUAUUAAAAAGAACAACACGAGGACAGAAUACAGCAAUAAAAAACAAGAUUCUUCUUCCCAGCCGCUUGGAGGUAGAAACUCGGCUACACUUAAUCACAAUUUUAUCAAGCAAGUUAAACUUCUCUGCAACAGAAUGACCAAAGAUGUAAAUAUCUCGUUGCUCUUGUCAUCAAAACUUAACUCUUACCAGAACAGAAUUGUUCGUUAUGAGGAAUUAGCAAGUAACAAUCUUACGCUCGCAGGCAAAAUCUUUGAAUUCACAGGAAUUGAUUUUGCUUUAGAGGUAAAAGAAUGGCUUGGAAGGAAUAGUUUGUUUGACAAGGACGAAAGUAGCGCCGGUGAACGAAGCUAUUCUACCAGCAACAGAAACAUCACUGUUACAAUAAACUCUUGGAGGAAGAGUCUGUCAUUUCUCGAGACUUUUGUUAUUGAUAAGGAGUGUGCUUACUUUAUGCAAAAUUUCGGUUACAAAUUUAUUGACAACGUAGAUGUUCUUACAAACAUAUCAAUUAGCCUCCUGCAACCUUUAAGAAACAGUUUUUACACUGUGUAAAAACUGGGCCUUUUUAUAAAUACAGUAAGUCACUGGAUAAAGUUGUUACUGUAAAACCCCACAUUACGGCCACCCCGUUAGGGCCACUUUCUUUUGGCCCGAACAAAAGCCAAGUCAGCCAUUUUUAAUGCGGCCUCCUCGUUAAUACGGCCCGUUGGUGAUCAGAUUAACGAGGUUCCACUGUACUAAUUAUACGUUCAUUUACUGAUAAUCGAGUACAAUAAACGUCACAGGUCAGUUGUUCAUCGGUAAGGUGACUGGCGGGAUUAGGGGCGUGGUAGGUAGCGUUGGCUGGAGAGAUGAAAUCCUUUUCGCUGGACCAAGUGAACACAGUGUCCGUAAUGUACUGGAGGUGUCCAACUGGUUUUGGCUUAGACAUGUUAGGUUUUGUUCAAGUGAAAAGAUAAAAUACUCUGACAAUCAAAUGAAGUUUCAGUAUUGAGCUAAAUUCAAUAUGGCCAGCGAAACCAUUUUGAAAGAGUCCUUUCUUGAAACUUUGAAAAAUCUCUGACGACUCUUCAGUAAGAAUAAUAAUUUCUGCACGUAGACGUAAUCUAUUUUCUUUUUGAAAUUGUGAAACAAAAGAAAUUAAGAAGAAAUAUAGCUAGAACUCUGGACAUGCUCGAAGGGAGGGGCGGUGACCUGAUCAGGUUAGUGUGUUCGAUUCCAGUAGGGAGCUUAGGAAAACCACGAUGCAACGGCAAUGGCUGUGCCCGUGCAUAAUAAUUCUUGGUACAUUUCUUUGCCGUCCU